AUAUUCGAUUACGGUUCGUGUGCAGUGCCAACAACAUGCGCGCUCCACAAUCAAUUGCUUAUCAAUAAACAACGACGACAAAACGCGUCGACGAAUUUUAGUGCGAUAGAAAUCGUAAAUCAGUGGAAUGUUUCAUUAAAUUUAGUUACAUAAGAGGUGUGCAGCGAGCGGCAUCUACGGUUCUAUCGUGUAGCAGCAGCAGCAGCAGCGAGAUUUGUCCCCAAUUGUCCGUCGAUUUUAUUUUUUUUUCUGGUGUGGUGUGAGAGUGUCUGAAAAUGGAAGCCUUGGCCUUGGUACUGGAACCGCACAAGGACACCGUCGGACUGUCGGCGGCCGUCAUUACGGUUCUGCAGUUCUUCAGCGGUGUGUUUGUCGUCAACGACAUCCGUAGGAAAGGUAGCUCCGAAGGUUUUUCGGCUGGCCCGUUCCUCGGUGGUGCAGUGUUCAGUCUGCUGAAUGUCCAGUUCGGCCAGAUGUUGCAGGAUGACGCGAUGAUCAAGGUCAACCUGAUUGGAUUGGCACUGAAUGUGGUGUAUGUGUGUGCGUUUUAUUGGUACACGGUGGGGCCGGCCAAGAACAAAGUAUGGGGACAAAUCGGGGCCGCUGGAGCGAUAGCCGUCGGUUUGCUGGCGUAUGUACAGUACGAGGAUCCCAAGGUGGUCGAAUUUCGCUUUGGGAUGAUACUGACCGUCAUACUGCUGCUGCUGGUCGGGAUGCCGCUGCUGGGAUUGGGAGAAAUUUUGGAAAACAAAAGUACCGAAGGACUACCUUUUCCGAUUAUUCUAUCCGGAAGCUUCGUUUCAUUAUCUUGGCUACUGUACGGAGUGAUCUUGAGAAAUGAUUUUCUUGUGGUACAAAACGUGAUCGCCUUGGCGCUGGGUUUGAUUCAGCUGUCGCUGUUCGUUAUCUUCCCGAGCACACCGAUCAAGAAAAAGACCAAGGCCGCUAAAAAGACAAACUGAGCUUUACGAAUAUUUUACCCUUGACCUAUUUUAAAUGACUACUUACGAUAUACAACAAUUGACAAUAACAGUUUCGCGUGGGGUUUAGAUAAUGGG